AUGCAACAACCCGAGGAGGGCCUCACGGCCAUUGAGAAAGUGGUGGAGGAACCUCAAUUCGCAGAGAAGACUGAGAAGCGCGACUCCGACUCGGCAUCCACAUCAACCGCGAAAGAACAUGAGACGAAGACGGCGGUUUCAUCAGAAGAAGAUGCGCUCUAUGCUCACUUGCCGCAGCAUGAGAAAGACAUCUUGAAGAGACAGCUGGAUGCGCCCCCCGUCAAGAUCUCCUUCUUCGGCCUAUACCGAUAUGCCUCUCGCAUGGAUAUCCUGAUUCUGGUGGUCAGCGCCCUUUGCGCCAUUGCGGCCGGCGCCGCACUGCCUCUUUUCACUAUUCUCUUUGGAUCCUUGGCGACAGCAUUCCAAAAGAUCAUGCUGGACACAAUCACCUACGACGCCUUUUACCACCAACUGACCAAGAACGUCUUGUACUUUGUCUACCUCGGUAUCGGCGAGUUCGUGACCGUCUACAUCAGCACCAUCGGUUUCAUCUACACCGGUGAACACAUCACCCAAAAGAUUCGCGAGAAUUACCUCGAAGCCAUCCUGCGCCAGAACAUCGCUUACUUCGACAAGCUUGGCGCCGGUGAAGUCACCACCCGUAUCACUGCAGACACAAACCUGAUCCAGGACGGUGUUUCCGAGAAAGUCGGCUUGACGUUGACUGCUAUCGCUACUUUCGUCACAGCCUUCGUCGUUGCUUACAUCAAGUACGCACCGCUUGCUGGUAUCUGUACCUCCACUAUCGUCGCACUGGUCGUGAUUAUGGGCGGAGGCUCCCGCUUCAUCGUCAAGUACAGCAAGCUUUCUCUGGAGAGCUAUGGUGCCGGUGGUACCGUGGCCGAGGAAGUGAUCAGUUCGAUUCGCAAUGCGACUGCUUUUGGUACGCAGGAUAAGCUCGCCCAGCAGUACGAGGUUCACUUGGCCCGGGCCGAGCGCUGGGGUAUGCGUUUGCAAAUGGCUCUUGGUGUUAUGGUCGGUGGCAUGUUCGGUAUCAUGUUCCUAAACUACGGUCUCGGAUUCUGGAUGGGUUCUCGAUACUUGGUCGAAGGAAAAGUCGAUGUCGGCCAUGUUUUGACCAUUUUGAUGGCUAUUCUUAUCGGCUCGUUCAGCUUGGGCAAUGUUAGUCCCAAUGGCCAGGCUUUCACCAAUGCCGUGGCUGCUGCUUCUAAAAUUUUCGCUACUAUCGACCGCGUGUCUCCCCUGGACCCUACCUCCGACGAAGGUAUCAUCCUUGACAACGUCGAGGGCCACAUCGAGUUCCGCAACGUGAAACACAUCUACCCGUCCCGGCCUGAGGUUACUGUCAUGCAGGACGUGUCACUUGUCAUGCCCGCUGGUAAGACCACCGCGCUAGUCGGCCCUUCAGGCUCUGGCAAGAGUACCGUCGUCGGUCUGGUCGAGCGCUUCUACCUCCCCGUUGGUGGUCAGGUUUUCUUGGACGGUCAUGACAUUCAGACUCUCAAUCUCCGCUGGUUGCGUCAGCAAAUCUCCCUGGUUAGCCAGGAACCUAUCCUGUUCGGCACCACGAUUUACCAGAACAUUCGCCACGGAUUGAUCGGAACCCGAUUUGAGCAUGAGUCGGAGGAGAAGGUCAAGGAGCUUGUCGAGAACGCCGCCAAGAUGGCCAACGCCCACGAGUUCAUUACCGCCCUCCCGGAAGGUUAUGAGACAAAUGUCGGCCAGCGUGGCUUCCUGCUAUCCGGUGGACAGAAGCAGCGUAUUGCCAUUGCCCGCGCUGUCGUCAGUGAUCCCAAGAUCUUGCUCCUCGAUGAGGCUACAUCUGCCCUGGAUACCAAGUCCGAAGGUGUUGUUCAGGCAGCGCUUGAUCGCGCCGCUGAGGGCCGUACUACUAUUGUUAUUGCCCACCGUCUCUCAACAAUCAAGACUGCGCACAACAUUGUUGUCUUUGUCAACGGAACCAUUGUCGAGCAGGGUACCCACGACGAUUUGACCGAACGCGACGGACCCUACUACAAGCUUGUUGAAGCCCAGCGCAUCAAUGAGGAGAAGGAUGCCGAUGCCCUGGAAGGCAACGAGGACGAGGAUGGCGCCGAACAGAUGACAAAGUCCCACAUCGCCCGCGUAAAGUCAAUUGCCAGUGGAUCAACCGUGCUCAAGGACGAAGCUGAGGCUUUCGAUGACGAUUUCCAGCGCCGUGAAUCCCGCAAGUCUGUGUCCAGCGUCGUUCUCUCAAAGCGAAUCGCCGAAGGCUCUGGCAAAUACUCCCUUUUCACUUUGAUCAGGUUCAUCGCCUCGUUCAACAAGGAAGAGUGGAAGUACAUGGUUGUCGGCCUUUGUUUCUCCAUCCUCGCUGGUUGCGGCCAGCCCACCCAGGCUUUCUUGUACGCCAAAGCUAUCAGCGCCCUGUCUCUGCCAGAGAGCAUGUGGGGCAAGCUUAGAUCAGAUGCCAACUUCUGGUCUCUCAUGUUCCUGGUUGUCGGUAUCGUCCAGUUCAUCACUUUCUCCACCCACGGCAUCGCCUUCGCAUACACCUCCGAGCGACUGAUCCGCAAGGCCCGCAGCAAGGCGUUCCGCGUCAUGCUCCGCCAGGAUAUUAACUUUUUCGAUCGCGAGGAGAACAGCACCGGUGCUUUGACUUCUUUCUUGUCCACUGAGACCAAGCACUUGUCCGGUAUCAGUGGACAGACUCUGGGAACAAUUCUGAUGACCUCCACCACCCUGAUCGCUGCUAUCGUGAUCUCCCUUUCUUUCGGAUGGAAACUCGCUCUUGUUUGUAUUUCCGUCGUUCCGAUCCUUCUCGGCUGUGGCUUUUACCGCUUUUACAUGCUCGCCGCUUUCCAGGCUCGUUCCAAGGCUGCGUACGAGGGUUCUGCCAGCUACGCCUGCGAGGCGACGUCUGCCAUCCGCACUGUCGCUUCGCUUACUCGUGAAACGGACGUUUGGUCUGUCUACCAUGCCCAGCUUGAUCUCCAGGGUCGUGCCAGCUUGUUCUCCGUCAUCAAGUCUUCAUCCUUGUACGCCGCUUCCCAGGCGCUGGUCUUCUUCUGUGUUGCCCUCGGCUUCUGGUACGGAGGAACUCUUCUCGGCAAGCACGAGUACGAUACCUUCCGCUUCUUCGUCUGCUUCAGUGAAAUUCUCUUCGGUGCCCAAUCCGCUGGAACAGUGUUCUCCUUCAGUCCGGAUAUGGGCAAGGCCAAGAACGCCGCCGCCGAGUUCCUCAAGCUGUUCGAGCGUCGCCCGACAAUCGACACCUGGUCCGAUGAGGGCGAGACUCUCGCCCACUGCGACGGAAACAUCGAGUUCAGAGAUGUCCACUUCCGCUACCCCACUCGUCCCGAGCAGCCCGUCCUCCGCGGUCUAAAUCUCAGCGUCAAGCCAGGCCAGUACAUCGCUCUCGUGGGACCGAGCGGUUGCGGAAAGAGUACCACCAUCGCGCUGCUCGAGCGCUUCUACGACUCCCUCUCCGGCGGCAUCUACGUCGACAAUAAGAACAUCGCCGACCUAAAUGUCAACUCCUACCGCAGCCACCUCGCCCUCGUCAGCCAGGAACCUACCCUUUACCAAGGAACUAUCAAGGAGAACAUCCUUCUCGGCAGCCCCAACGAAGACCCCUCUGAGGAAGAACUCGUCAAGGCAUGCAAGGACGCUAAUAUUUUCGACUUCAUCAUGUCCCUGCCAGACGGCUUCAACACUGUCGUCGGCAGCAAGGGCGGUAUGCUGUCUGGCGGCCAGAAGCAGCGUGUCGCCAUUGCUCGAGCCCUCCUGCGCAACCCCAAGAUUCUCCUCUUAGACGAAGCUACCUCCGCCCUGGACUCCGAGUCCGAGAAGGUCGUCCAGGCUGCCCUGGACGCUGCAGCGCGUGGCCGUACCACUAUCGCUGUGGCUCACCGUCUGUCGACCAUUCAGAAGGCCGAUAUCAUAUACGUCUUUGACCAGGGCAAGAUUGUUGAGAGCGGUACUCACGCCGAGUUGCUGCGCAACAAGGGCCGUUACUACGAGCUGGUCAACCUCCAGUCUCUGGGGAAGACCAACUGA